CAGCGGGAGAGCGGCGGAGAAGAAGGAGGUGGAGGAGGAGGAGGAAGAGGAGGAGGAGGAGGCGAACCCAGAGAGGGACAGCAGAAGAAGUGGUGGUGGUGGGCGUCGUGGCCAUGGCUGCGGCAAUCGCCAGCUCUCUGAUCCGUCAGAAGAGACAAGCCCGCGAGCGCGAGAAAUCCAACGCCUGCAAGUGUGUCAGCAGCCCCAGCAAAGGCAAGACCAGCUGCGACAAAAACAAGUUAAAUGUCUUUUCCCGGGUCAAACUCUUUGGGUCCAAGAAGAGGCGCAGAAGGAGACCAGAGCCACAGCUUAAGGGUAUAGUUACCAAGCUGUACAGCCGACAAGGCUACCACUUGCAGCUGCAGGCAGAUGGAACCAUUGAUGGCACCAAAGACGAGGACAGCACCUAUACUCUGUUUAACCUCAUCCCUGUGGGUCUGCGAGUGGUGGCUAUUCAAGGAGUUCAAACCAAGCUGUAUUUGGCAAUGAACAGCGAGGGAUAUUUGUACACCUCGGAACAUUUCACACCUGAGUGCAAAUUCAAAGAAUCAGUGUUUGAAAAUUAUUACGUGACAUAUUCAUCAAUGAUAUAUCGUCAGCAGCAGUCAGGCCGAGGGUGGUAUCUGGGUCUGAACAAAGAAGGAGAGAUCAUGAAAGGCAACCAUGUGAAGAAAAACAAGCCUGCAGCCCAUUUUCUGCCCAAACCACUGAAAGUGGCCAUGUACAAGGAGCCAUCACUGCACGAUCUCACCGAGUUCUCCCGAUCUGGAAGUGGAACCCCGACCAAGAGCAGAAGUGUCUCUGGCGUGCUGAAUGGGGGCAAAUCCAUGAGCCACAAUGAAUCAACGUAGCCAGUGAGGGCAAAACAAGGGCUCUGUAACAGAACCUUACCUCCAGAUGCUGUUGAAUUCUUGAGCAGUCCUUCACCCAAAAGUUCAAAUUUGUCAGUGAGGUGUAUCAAACAAAACAGGCAGAAUUCACUCUCUGAUCUGCCGACAGAAUUUGUUCCCAUCCAUACUAAAGCCCCAUAAUUUCAAUCAAGCUUGUGCAAAAGAAUGCCAAGCAUUAUCAAUGAACUAAAUCUUGGAAAAGGACUGCAAAAUUAUCUCAUGAUCUUACCUAUAUUUUGGGGAUGAUUAACUAAAAAUUAGUUCACAGCACUAAUUCUGAUCAAAAUUUGCUCUCCAACCAAUAAAAUUUAAAAGACCAUAAUUGUUCUUUAAAAACAAACAAGCAAACAAACAAACUAAACUAAAUUAACUGCUUAAAUGUUUUGUAGAGGCAAACACAAUUAUGUGAACCGUGUUGUUUUCUUGGCUUAAUGUUUUCUAUCUACGCUUGAUUCGAUGUACUCUUUACCUUCGUAUAGUGCAGCUUUUGAUUUCUGAAUUCCAGUGAUUCUAUUGACUCUGUCACUUAAUCCAAAUCAACCAAAUUCAGGGUUGAAUCUGAAUUGGCAUCUCAGGCUCAAAGUAACAGUGUUCUUGUGAUUUUACCAGUUUUUUUAGAUUUGUAGUACUUUGGUCGAGUUCUUGUGCUGUACUUUGUGUGUAGAAAUUGAGUUGUAUUGUCAACCCCAAUUAGUAAAGAUAACUUAAAAAAAAAGAUUAUCUUCAAGUGUAGAUUUCUCCUAAUUCCAUUUGUGUUAAUAUAUUGUUGUGGCUUCUUGUAUAAAAGGACAGAAACUGUGGAACUGUGAUGUCUUUUGUGUUGAUAAAAUAAGAAGUGUCUUAAUCUGUAUAUGUAUGAGUUCUCCUGUCAUUGUAUUUGGCACGUGAAUAUUGUGUACAAGGAAAUGUUAUGACCGGUUACCCCUAAACAAUAUAUAUUACACUUGCUAAUGGAAAAGUGUUUAAGACUUACCUAGGUUUCCAUUUAGAUCUUCAUAUCUGUUGCAUGGAAGAAAGUGGGAAUCUUGGCAUAGAGUUGCAUGAUAUGUAAAAUUUUGUGCAUUAAUAAUUGUUAAAAUCUGUGUUCCAAAAGUAAACAUAGCGUGUACAGGCAGUUUUCUGUCCUGUGCACAAAAAAUUUAAAAAAAGUUGUUUAAUAUUUGUUGUUGUAUACCCAAAUACACACUGAAUA